UCAGAUUUCUCGCUGAGAGAAAGAGGGAGGGAACGCGCAAAGGAGAUAGAACCAGCGAAACGCAACGGAGUGGUGGACGGUUUAAAAAUCAGUGUCGCGGCCACAAAUAAAGUCCGUUAACAAAGAAUCAGAGCAUAUUGCCUUAGAUAGAACCGAUAUACAGAAAAGAUGGUGAAACUCAGUCCAACCUCGCUCUUCUGCACCUUGCUUCUCUGGUGUCUACAAGGAUGCUGGGGCGCAGUGACGGUGACGGUGACCCCCAGAGUUGAAGUGAUGAAGGGGGACAGCGUCACCCUCCCCUGCUCCUUCGCCUUCUCCGGCCCCGGCCCUUCCAGCAACAGCAUCGUGGAGUGGUUCAUCGACGAAGGCGAAGACUCCAGGAAGCGAGUGGCCUUUAAGCAGCUGUCGGGCUCGGGGGGUCAGGUCGACGUGGACACGCGUCUGACGGGCAGGCUGGUGAUGGGGGAGGACUUCUCCCUCAGCCUCUCCCAGGUGCAGCCUGAGGACGAGCGCCGCUUCCACUGCCAGGUGACGGCCGGAGCGGCGGGCGUGGGCCAGGGGGCCACCGAGCUCAAGGUCUUCUUUGCCCCAGAGAAGCCUGAGGUGAAACUUUCCAACGAGGUCAUUUCUGUCACAGACUCGUCCAGCUCAGAGGUGGGGCUGUGCAUCAGCCGGAACGGCCACCCCUUACCCCGCCUCAUCUGGUACAAGGACCACGCACCCCUUCCACAGGUCUCUGACCCCACCGCAACGACGUACAUGGUGAACAGCAAUGUGAAGGAGGCUUCGGGGCUCCUGACAGUGCACAGCACCCUGUACCUGCAGCCCAAGAAGGAGGACAAGGACUCGCAUUUCCACUGCAGGGUGGAGUACAACAUUUCCGGCGGCAUGGUGGACACCAAGGACUCCGAGGCCUUCACCCUGACACUGCACUACCCCACGGAGCAUACCACCUUCUCCCUGGUGACCUCCGGGCCAAUCAAAGAGGGGGACACAGUGGUGAUGAAGUGCGGCAGCGAUGGAAACCCCCAGCCCGACUUCGAGUUCAACGUCAUGAAAGGGGAUCAACGUGUACAGCUCAAAGGCAAUGCUGGGUUGCUGACCUUGGACUCCGUAACCCGGGGCGAUGCGGGCACGUACCUCUGCGACGUUCUGGACUUUGACGCCAACGAGGAAGUCAAGCUGGACAGACAGCUGGAGCUCUUCGUCCACUACCUGAACCCGGUGAUGAUCACUCCGGCCGGCCCUGUGUCUGAGGCUCUCGGGGGGAGCGUGGAGCUGCAGUGCAAGACCAAGGCCUCGGACAAGCACACCCUGCACUGGAAGAAGGGGUCCACAGUGCUGUCCCAGAACGGCGUGCUGUCUCUGAAGUCCCUGACCUUCUCGGACGCCGGGGCGUACUCCUGUGUGGCUGCCGUCCCCUCGGUCUUUGGGCUUCACAAUGAGGCCAACGUCACGCUCACCGUCUCAGGGCGGCCGGAGAUCGAGGCUCCAGCCGAGGCGUUCGUGCAGAAGGAGGGCGACAGGGUGACUCUUAUGUGCUCUGUCCAGGGUCACCCUGCUCCACAGUUCACCUGGACUCCGUCAGGGGAUGAGUCAGUAACAAUAGAGGGCAACACAGUGAUUAGCACAGCGAUUGUGGUGGCCUCAGGUGCAGUCCUGACUGAUGGUGUCACAUGCCAAGCAGCCAAUGAUCACGGAACAGACUCCAAACGCUUCCUGGUCUCUAUCAAAAAAGACAUUCCCUCCCCAGAUAAUGGUGCUUCUGAUAGAGCGGAGCGUCAGCAGGGUGGUUCCAGCGGGGUGGUCAUCGCCGUGGUGGUGUGUGUUCUCUUGCUCCUCCUGCUGGUGGCGAUACUGUACUUCAUGCAGAAGAAGGGGAAGCUGCCCUGCGGCAAACAGGACAAGAAGGACGUGGCGACCGGGGAGGUGAACAACGACAUUGUGGUUGAGAUGAAGUCGGAAAAGGCCAACGAGGAGGCGGGGCUACUAAACAAGCGGCCAGUGGCGGAGCAGUGAAUGAAGAACAGAAGAAGCAACGGUUGGAUGUGGCAGCAGAAGAUACAGAGGACAAGCUUCUUCUUUUUGAGAGAAGAACCUGAAAUCUGAAAGAAGAGGGG